AGCUUGUACCGGAGCUUCGUUUCACGUCUGCUAUAGCUACCAGCUCAUCCGGUCCAGGGCAACAGAGGUCCAGGAUGAGUGGUCCCGGUGAUGACCGAUGGCGCGGAGGCCGACCGUACGACCCAAACCGCCCAAACCAGAGGCAUUCCACUCCUGGUCCACGAGAUCGAACGGGUCCACAAGGGGGCCAUCGCGGUGCUCAUGGUGCCAACUCGCCUAAUGCCUGGGGAGCACAGCAGGUCCCUAGCGGUCCUCCGCAGGAGCAACACAUUCCGGUCAGAGGCUUUAAUGCGGCCGAGUCAAAAGGUGCUCUCAGGAGAGGUCCAGGAGAGCCAAAGCCGACUGCAUACAAGCCAACGGGGAAAGAAGUGAAUAACAGAGCCAGUGGUCCUUGGGGUUCCAAGCCAAACACAAUGGCCAACGGAAAGGACUUCUUCCUCGAGCUUCGAAAGCAGGUGUCUGCCUUGCAGCAGGGUGGAAACGUAGCUGGCGGUUGAUCGUCGACCGGUUGCUAGAAAGCACUCUACGCUCUUUCACUCAAGGUCAAAUGCAAAAGGGACCCUUCCCUGUGCGGUCCCGCAUUGGCUGUCUAGUUAAUUCUAAGACAUCCAUGGGUCGCGACUGAUCCUUCGCUGCGGGGCUCAGGUAGGAUGGAAUGGCAAUCCUGGAUGUAACUAGAAAAGCUCUAACAAAACAUCAUUACUAUAUGCGAGC